AGUGGCAGCAGUCAGACUCUACCGCUCCACAUCUGCGGCUUUAUUUCCACCAAGGGGGUGCUUUCAGUGAGCAGACUGCUAAUGGGACAGACGUGAAGAGGUGCACUGGAAACAUCACUAAUGUGACAGGAACAGGAAGUGGUGAACAGAGCGAUGAGUUACCUGAACGGUGGCAGGGCUGGUAAUGGUUCCACGAAAAAAGGAGAAGAGCUUAAAAUUGUGAUUGUUGGAGAUGGAGGCUGUGGGAAAACAUCACUACUGAUGGUUUACGCUAAAGGUGAUUUUCCAGAGAAAUAUGCACCGUCUGUUUUUGAGAAAUAUGUCACCACUAUCACCCUCGGAGGGAAAGAGAUAAAGCUCAACCUGUAUGACACAGCCGGACAGGAAGACUACGACAGACUGCGGCCGCUUUCAUACCAAGAAGCUAAUCUGGUUCUAGUCUGCUUUGAUGUCACAAACCCCACCAGCUUUGAGAAUGUCAUGAUAAAGUGGUAUCCUGAGGUGAGGCACUUCUGCAGGGACAUACCGGUCAUCCUGAUUGGCUGCAAGACCGACCUCAGGAAAGACAAAGAAUGUUCGAGGAAGCUCAAGGCCAUGGAUCUGGCUCCUAUCACUUACUCUCAGGGUGAAGAGACGCGACAGCAGAUGAAUGCAGAGCUCUACCUCGAGUGUUCGGCGAAGUAUAAGGAGAACGUGGAUGACAUUUUCAGAGAGGCCACCAAAAGAACUCUAAUCUUCAAUCGAAAACAAAGAAACCACAAAAAGAAAAAGAAAUGUGUCAUUUUGUGAAGUCAAGAAGGACAGAGGACCAGGGUGGAAGUAGUUAGCGCAGAUGUGGAAACAGCUGUUUAGGUCAAAAAGGACACAUCAGUAAAUCUGGGCCACGCUGAAUCAUCAGUGCAAACUCUUCACUGUUACAAAAAAAGGCAAAAGACAUUAAAGGAAAGAUAAUUCCUGGAAAAGAAAAUUCCUGCAGUGGUUUGGAAACAUGUUAUGCAAUUUGAAAAGCCACAUUAUAUGUCCCCUUUUUAUACAAAAAAGAAGCACAUUUGAAUAUUUUCAUAAGUCUUGUACUGUAACCUAUUUUGUAUUUCUACUGAAACUGCUAAUUCUUGUAUUUUUAAUUAGGACUUUUAUAUUUUUACUGUUGAAUUAAAUAUCCAUUCUGUUGAAAAACAAACAAACUGGUAGAUAAGUUCACAAGAAAAAUCAACAGCUGUUGGCACUGAAUUAUAAAAAGCAUGACUGGGAUAAUUCAUUACCAGAGAAACACUGAACAUGAGCAAGACCUGGGGCUAUUUCUUAUCUUUACGAACAGCGCCCACUAGUGUUGGAAAAAUGAACAUACAGGUGCAUCUCAAAGAAUUAUAUCAUGAAAAAGUUACAUUUUCCUGAUUUAAUUCAAGAUUUUCAUUUUCU